AUGCAAUUGUUCUAUCAAGAGUACAGCCAACAUUUCCAGGCGCCUGCCCAACAGGCUCCAGCUCCUGCCGCCAAAUCGACACGUGCCUCUGACAACCCUGCGGCUUUAUCCCAAACAGUGCAGCAACAUCAACGAAGGCAACAGCAUCAUAAUUCACAGCAUCGACAGGCCCAUCACCAGCACCAACAAUCCAAUUAUCAGGCUCAUCAGACUAAUAACCAUCACCAGCAGCAACAACAUCAGCCUCAACCACAAACGAAUGCUUCGGAUACUUCCUCCCAGCGCACAACCACUCCACAACAGCAUCCCCAACAAUCGAGCUACCCAGACCAUACAGUAGCACAUCAGGUAGCUAUGGACUCACGACUUGAACAAGAGGCGCUAAUGCUGCGUUAUCUACAGGCUCUUAUGUGUAGCUCAGCUGGACUUCCGGCAAAUGCCGAAAUUGCAGCCGCAACAGCCAGUGCCAAUACUGGUAAAAUGUCCGGAUCGGCAAAUAGCGAGAAGGCCGAUUCACAUCAGGCUGUAAAGAAGAAACAUCACCACCACCACCACCAUCAUCAGCAACAACAGCACCAGCAUCAACAGAUAUCCCAGUCUCAAAAUCAGCCACAACUCAAACAUCAGUCAUCCGCUGUGUACCCAGCUGCAAUACUGAACCCAAACGAAGCCGCUGGUUGCACUCGAGGGACAUCGACUGUAGCGACAACGGCCGCCGGCGGUAAUAACAGUGAAUUGGAAUCAGCGGCUAUGACAGAAUAUCUGGCUAUGCUGCAAGCAUGGUCGAAUCUCGUGCCGCCGGGGCUCAAUGGCCGUCCGAAUAGUGGAUUGGGAGCGUCUCUUGCAGACCCCAGCCUCUUAGCUGCUGCCGCAACCGCUGCUGCGGCUUACUCUUCCACCUCUUCUUGUUCCUCGACCUCAUCUUCCUCUUCCUCAUCCUCAACUGCCUCCACCUCUUCUACCGCAUCAGCGGCUGGCCUUUUUGGUUUCUUACCACCUACCGGUCACAUCGGCAAUUCUGGACUUCUGCCAGAAUUGGUUGGACCUUCGGCCGGUCAGGUAAUUUUGCCGCUACAGCAUCCAGCAGUUGCAGCUGCUGCUGCGGCGGCAGCUGCUACAGGUGGCCUCCCUUUGUCUCAUUCACCACCGCAGCGCCUUCAUAAUCCGCCCUCUAAACAACCGCCCGUCUUUCAACUGCCUUAG